AUGAGUAAGAAGAGGGUUCGAAUUUCAUCACCUCCUGGCUCCGAUUCGGACAAUAGAGCUGAAGAAAAUCAAGAAAAUGAAAACAGGAAGGGUUCUUGCUACGUUUGCGAUGUAAAAGACGAUUGGGUUUUAGUAUGUCACGGAGAGGAAUGUCUUAUAUCAAUUCAUCAAAGCUGUACAUGCGUUGAACCCGACUUUGAUGAGUUCGGUAAUUUCUUUUGUCCUUACUGUUGGUACAAGCGUCUUGUCCUCAAGUCGUUGAAUCUAAGAGAUAAGCUUUUGGUCAUUGACAAGUCUCGAGGAGUUAGUAAGAAUGUAAAUGAAUGUGAUGAAUCUUACGAGAAGUUCAUGGCGUUGGAGAAAGAUCAGAGAAGGAAAGAGGUUUUUGCGGAUGAAACUCAGUCUCAGGACAAUGAGCAAGAAGAAGAUCAUUGUGACAGCAAAGUUCAAGAGUUAGCUUUGGUCAUCCACCAACCAAUAGAAGCACAGCAGCAGCCAAUAGAAGCACAGCCUUUUCGGACAGUACCUCCAGAGAAUGGUGGAACUGCACUUCAUGAUCCAAAGCAAAGGAAACGUAAGAGAGUGUUUUGGACGAAAGAAGAAGAAGAGAUGCUCAAGGUUGGAGUGGAGAAAUUCCCUGGAGUCAGGAAUAUUCCGUGGCGGAAGAUCUUGGAGUUUGGUCGGGGUGUGUUUCACGAAGAUCGGGCUCCAAGUGACCUUAAGGACAAGUGGAAAUUGAUAAACAAAAUUUGUGGUAAGCCUCCUCUCAACUGA